UGUUGUAAAAACUACAAUUCUGCCAUUAGUAAAUGACGCGCAUUCGCUUGCAUCAGCGCGUGUGGACUGGACUUACCGGCAAAAGUUGUCUGAACUGCCACUCCUAUAUAUAAGUAGACAUCUCCGUAGUCAGGUGUGGGAUAGUACACAACAACCAGCCAUGAUGAAGCUCUUUGUUAGCGAAGGCAACCCGCACUGCCUUAAAGUGUUAGCUGCCUUGGAAGCAUCUGGAGUGCAGUGUGACGUCCAGGUUGUCAGCCAUGAAGAAAAACCUGUGCCGUUCCUAAGUUGUCCGUCUGUGCCAGCCCUGCUCCUCCCUAAUGAACAGCAUCUUUUCAGCCCGAAUGCCAUAUGCCGAUACAUGUUUGAAGUGAGCGGACAAGAAUGCAUCGAGCUUUGCGAUCAGUGGCUGGAAUGGGAGGCCACAGAUCUCCAGCCUGCUCUGCUACAUGCCCUUCAUAUGGCGGUGCUUCAGGGAAAAGCAUCAGAUGUCCCCAAAGUCCUUGCAGGACCUCUCAGCUACUUGGACCAAAGCUUGAACAAGGCCAACACACCUUACUUAACUGGGGAUGUUCUCUCAGUUGCUGAUCUUGUUUUGUGGGCUGCGCUGCAUCCUGUUUUGUCCGAGUCAAGUCUAGCUUUGGGCGAACCCAAGUCUGUGAGGCUUUGGUUUGACCGUGUGGCUUCAUCACAGAGCUGCGUGUCAGCGGCCCAGAAAGUGCUGCAGGGAAAAGGCUUGCAGGCUUUGAAGAGCUUCAUGCAGAGACAGCCUGCCCCUCAGAGCAGCCAGUGUAGAGGCAGGCAGUCAUGCAACAGCAGCCCUGCUGAGGAUGAGGAAGGGGAGCGUGCAGUGUCACAUGAAGAGAUGGAGGCUGCUGCUCUGACCUGGAACAAAAUUCUGAAGGACUGUUUGCCAACCACAGAGAGACUGCACCCAAUUCUGCCACAGGAAGGCAAACGGAACAUCCUAUUGACUAGCGCCUUGCCCUAUGUCAACAAUGUGCCCCACUUGGGCAACAUCAUUGGCUGUGUCCUCAGUGCCGACGUCUUCUCCAGGUACGGCCGUCUGCGGGGUUGGAACAUGCUGUUUGUGUGCGGCACAGACGAGUACGGCACUGCUACAGAAAACAAAGCCAGAGAGGAAGGCCUGACACCGCAGCAGAUCUGCGACAAAUACCAUGCCAUUCACGCCAGCAUCUACGAGUGGUUCCAGAUAGACUUUGACUUCUUUGGAAGGACCACCACAGAGAAGCAGACUGAGAUAGCCCAGAACAUUUUCUGGAGGCUCCACAAGAAUGGCUUCCUGGUGGAAGACACGGUAGAGCAGCUCCGUUGCGAGAACUGUCAGCGUUUCCUGGCUGAUCGUUUUGUUGAAGGCACUUGCCCCCACUGCAACUACCCAGAGGCACGUGGCGACCAGUGUGACAAGUGUGGGCGGCUCAUCAAUGCAGUGGAACUAAAGGCACCUCACUGCAAGGUCUGCAGUCAGACUCCAGUCAUCCGCUCCUCCAAACAUCUUUUCCUGGACCUGCCAAAGUUGGAGGCUCAACUGGAGCAGUGGCUGGAGAAGUCCACCGGCACUGGAGACUGGACCUCCAAUGCCAAACAGAUCACUCGCUCCUGGCUAAGAGAUGGACUCAAACCGCGCUGCAUCACCAGAGACCUGCAGUGGGGAACCCCGGUACCUCACCCUGACUUUAUGGAAAAGGUGUUCUAUGUGUGGUUUGAUGCCCCCAUCGGUUAUGUCUCCAUCACUGCCAACUACACAGACAAAUGGGAAAAGUGGUGGAAGAAUCCAGAUCAGGUGGAGAUGUACAACUUCAUGGCCAAAGAUAAUGUGCCGUUCCACAGUGUGGUGUUUCCCUGCUCUCUUCUGGGAGCUCAGGAUAACUAUACACUGGUCAACCAUCUGAUCGCCACCGAAUAUCUCAAUUAUGAAGACACAAAGUUUUCCAAGAGCCGCGGUGUUGGCGUUUUUGGUGACAUGGCCAAGGACACGGGUAUCCCGUCCGACGUGUGGCGCUUCUACCUGCUCUAUGUGCGUCCAGAGGGUCAGGAUUCUGCCUUCUCAUGGGCCGACAUGGCGCUGAAGAACAACUCUGAGCUGCUCAACAACUUGGGCAACUUCAUUAACAGAGGCGGCAUGUUUGUUUCAAAGUUCUUUGAUGGCUGUGUGCCCGCGAUGGAGCUGCUGCAGGAAGAUAAGAAGCUCCUGGCUUUAGUGGGCUGGGAGCUCCAGCAGUACAUCCAGCUCAUGGACAAAGUCAAAAUCCGUGAUGCUCUGAAACACAUCCUCAACAUCUCUCGCCAUGGCAACCAGUACAUUCAAGUAAAUGAACCCUGGAAGAAGAUCAAGGGAGGAGAUGCAGAGAGGCAGCGUGCAGGCACUGUCACCGGCGUGUCCGUCAACGUGGCCUGCCUGCUGUCAGUCAUGCUGCAGCCCUACAUGCCAGCAGUCAGCCAAACCAUCAGGGAUCAACUUAAUGCCCCUCAUUCCUGCGUCAACACUAUGCUGCAAGGCACCGGUGCCUUCACAUGUGUGCUGGGCGUGGGCCACCGCAUUGGAACCGUUAGUCCAUUGUUCCAAAAACUGGAGGUGGACCAGAUCGAGGCUUUGAAGAAGAGAUUUGGUGGACAGCAGCCUGAAGAUGAGCCGCCAGAAAAGAAGGCGGCGUCUCAAAGCGCUACCAGCGCGCCCGCUCCCGGCGACACAGGUGUGGAGGUGACGGCCGCCAACGGUGCAGCUGACCCGGAGAAAGCCAGGCAGCUGACGCAGGCCGUGGCUGAGCAGGGGGAGAAGGUGCGAGCCCUCAAAGCCCAGAAGGCAGACAAGGCGGUGGUCACGGUCGAAGUGACCAAACUGUUGGGCCUGAAGCAGCAGCUGGCCCUGGCUGAGGGGAAGAGCCCCGAGUCUGCACCCGCCAAGGGGAAGAAGAAAUAAGACACUAAAGUCACAAGCCGGUGGAGGUUAGUGGUGGGGUGGGGGGGAUACGGGGGUAAGGUUUUGAGGUGCGAUAGCGGAGGAAAGGGAACAUGAUGUACACAGCGAGAUGAGGGUGUUAGCCAAAGGCAAAGCCGUGAUGGGAUCUAAGACAACGUGGUGUUGGCACUGAGGGCUAAUGAAAUGCUGGCGAGGCCGGCGGGGAACAGAAAACACACAAAGGGAGUCAAAUGAAUUCUGCUACAGAAUGGAGGGAUUUGGGAAAAAUCCCACUACCGAGAGAAACUGAUUUGAUACUCUCCCUGCGAUAUUAGCCUCUUGGAAAGGUGCAGCGCGGCGUUUAAAAAUGUUUUUAUAUCCUUUCUAUAGAAAAUCCUUUAUCAACACUUGAUAAGCAGCUACAAUGUCUUUACUGCAAAUCAUGUCAACGCUCUCCGACCAAAUACAUUAAAUAAAUCAUGCAUUAGCAAGUCAAUAAACAAGACAAUCCAAAAACA